GUCGCAUUCACAUCGCCUGCAGGGUCUCUUACCGCAGCCAUUUCAGUUUUUUUUUUCAUAUUUCAAGCACAAUCCAUACACAGAAAAAUAACCCCAUUUUUAAUCAAGAUUUUUACUUCAUCGAAGCGCUCUACAAAGAAUUUCGUGAGCAGAACCUGAAGGAUUAUUGCGAGUGUUUACGAGGAAGACAAUUUGUUCAUGGCGAUGAGUUUUGGUUCGUGUUUCGGCGCCCGGUCCCGAGCACCCGAAAUGAAAAGACGAAGAAUAGACAGAAGUAUGAUUGGAGAACCCAUGGAUUUCAAACACACGGGUCACAUCGGCAGCGGAGACAUGGCUUCUGGAUCCGAUCUCGGUUCGAUUCAAUGUCAAAUGCAAUCGAAAGGUGGAUAUCAAGGCAUUAGCGUACCAGUAACGUGCACUCCAGCAGGAAUUCCAGUGGGCGGGCAGAGUUAAUCGCGUAUAUUCUUGUAGAAUACAAUUACACUGUUUUUGAGGAAUCAACAAAAUGAAAAGAAAAGAUUUCAGAAGAAGUGUCAUUACAAUACAAAUAUGAAAAUAAUAGACUUCUAAAUGUAUUGCAAAGGCGAGAAUUGGAGUGGCAUGUGAUUCCAGUUGUAAAUAAUAGACCAAUUUGAGUAGCGUGUUUUUAUAUGACAUUAGAAUUAGUUUCAUAAUAUUAUUAUAAAUACCUAAAGAUCUCCCUUAAACUGUUAGCUGUGUAUCAUAGCUAGCCUAGAAUAGUCAUCGUACAUACAGUUUUUGAUUACAACCACUCAGCUUUUUAUCUUUUUUUUUUUUUGCUCAGGAAAUAUUUUAAUUGUCUCUACCUUGUUACCACUCCAUUGUUGCACAACCAGUUUUCAUUGGUCAUUUUCUUCCUACAGUAACAAGAGUACCAUUGCUUGGAUAUGAUUAUUUGCUAUUUUCGUAUGAUCAACAUGCUUCUCAUUGUAUUUAUAUUAUGAAGAAAAAUGUUUGUUGAUUUUUGUUUUGCCUAGAGGGUUUUAGAAUAACUCGGCAUCUUUUGUAGUACCAAACUUGUGAGGAAAAUAAUCCUUUGCUGCCAAAUAUUUGAUGUUACUGUACAUAAAUAGUUAAGAAAUCAAAUUGUGACACAACCCCUUAAAUAAUGAAUGAGGAAGAACAUUGAAUUGAAGAAGAUGUAUCUACUAGAAAGCAGCUAAGGAGAUUUGCAAAAUGUGGAUUGGAAUUGAAUUCGACUUUUGGAAUAUAGGUAGUAAAAUUACUCUUGUGAGGUUUUUUGUGUUUAUAUUUUUAUUUACUUCUGCAAGUCGUGCCAGAUGUCUCAUUUUUAUUUCCUUUUUUUUUUUUCUCUAGCUGGAUUUUUUUUUUCGUCAGUGGUAUUUGAUUCAAAGCUAUUUGUGAAUUGAUUUGGCAAAAGAAAUUAUUAUCGGGUAUAAGUGGGACGGAGUUAAACAUGACAGUCAAACCGCCCUCUGUAGAGAUGGUUGAAUUAGAAUACUUGGAGAGAGUUGGGUCGGGAGUAAGGGCGCGACGCAAGCUUCUGUCGAUAUUGUGGUGUAAUAUAUUUCUAGCGUGAUGAAGGAAGGUCAAUUUGUUUACAACGCAAGAAAACCGGCAAGAAUUAAACUACAUUCUCAAAUAA